AUGGAGGGCGACCCUCGCUUCUGGCAACAGUUUGCUCGCGAUUUCCGGUGUCACCACCCAGGCUAUCGCGAUAUCGUCGUCCCCCAAGGCCCCGUUGAAGAGGCUGUGGAAGAGGAUCCUAGCGAUGCCGACGCAUCGGCGAUCCCGAAUUUGCAGGUUACCGAUACCGAAUUGAACGCACUGCAGUCCCGAUUUCUUGACGGUUCCACUGACCUGAGCGACCCUAUCGACGAAUUCAACCGUUCCCAGCCGCUGUUAACGCUCGCAUUCCCUACCCUCUACCCCGACGGCAAGGCCGACUUCGUGGAGCCUCGCCUACGGAGCAUCACGUACCAGGACUACCUUGGCCAUGCGAUGAGAUGGCAAGACGGACGUUUUGCCCGCCAUAAGACGUGGCCUUUCGUGGCCCUCAACACGCUGUUACAGGAAGCGAUGGCUGAGCCUGACGAGCCAGAGGCUCAGGCCCUGAUCCAGUCGAUUACGCGCCAAGCCGCUGUAAUCAGGGGCACCCGGCCAUAUUGGUACAAGCAAAGGAAGGAAUUGGAAGCAUAUGCCUAUAAUCUAGGCAGGCCUGGCCUUUUCGCUACUGCAAGUGCAGCCGAUUACCACUGGGAAUCCCUAUACCGUCAUAUGCCUCGAUUCCACGAGUGGCAAGCAGCCCACGAGGCGGCGCGGAUGGCCCUGUCCCGGCAAUUGCUACGAGACAACGCCCACAUCGCCGCUUACCACUUCCAUAAGCGUUAUACGCUGUUUAGGACUAUUGUCCUGAAGCAGAAGCUCAACCUAACGGACUUUUGGGGUCGCUACGAGUGGGGCAAGCGGAACGAUGGCCAGAUCAAUCACUAUAACCGCUUGCUUACCGUUGCGUGGCUAGCCAAUACAGAUGUCUCGCCCUGCACGAGCCUACAGCAGGUAAUCGAUUACGCGGCCAAGUACUGCUCCAAGUCGGAAAAGAAAAUUGCUGAGCGGGAUUACUCGAAGCAGGAGGUUAGCCACUUGCUCCUCGGCCUGCCGUUACAGGAGGGCUCACGAACCUGCCUAUACGUUGACUGCCGUAAUCCUGACAGGCAUUCCCGCUCCCUCCGCAUUAACGGCGAUGAGGUUGACGAGGCCCCCAACGUCUACGAAAAGUACACUCGACGCCCAGAAGACCUAAAGGACCUAACCUACGUCUCCUUCCUUAACUGCUGGAAUUUCCGCUCUAGGGACCCUUCCAAGUGGAAGCGAUGGCAGCCAGGCAACGUUAACGGCAGGCCCCGUGUCUUGGUUUACUUUCCUCGCUAUCAGGCUGAUCCAGAAGGUCAACAGUGGUCAGAUUACUGCCGUGUAAAGCUAACAUUAAACCACCCACACCGGCGGGUUGAUGAGCUCCUCACAUUUGACGGCCGGCUUUUUAGUUCUUACGUCGAGGCCUUCUCCUAUUGUUGGCAGCACCACAGUCAUGGUGAUGACUAUUACGGCCGGCCAAAAGAGGCUCGACUACAGCCUCAAGAUGAUCUAUACGAGGCUCUGCCUGUGGAGGAAGAAUUUGAUGACGAAGACUGGAUUCGCCUCGCCGCCCUUUUACCUGACAACCCCCUUACCCAGGAAGAUCUUGACCUACUUGGCCGCCGCGAUAUCGACGUCAAUUACGACUGGACACGGCAUGUCGGUACUUAUCCGGAACUUCGAGACAGCUACUGGAAAGACCUUAUCGCUAGCCACCCUAUGGCCAACGAUGUGGAGGUCCUUGACCCUCACUGGCGUGACCAGCUUAACCCACAACAACGGCUCGUGUACGACACAUUCAUGGGUCACUUCCAGGCGCAAAAUUCUACUCAACUCCUUCUCCAUGUCGACGGUGGUGGUGGAACAGGCAAGUCCUUCCUUAUCAAGGUGCUUUCCUCCCAUCUUCAGGCGGCCGCCCUACCGAAUCCUAGCCCUAUUUGCCGCGUGGCGCCAACAGGUGUUGCGAGUAACCAGAUACAGGGCAGCACCAUUCAUUCGCUGCUACGCCUCCCAGUAGGUGGUGCCUUUACCGACCUUCCCCCAGCCGACGCAGCCGCCCUUCAGUCCCGCCUACGGCACGUCAAAUACCUCGUUAUCGAUGAAAAGAGCAUGCUGGGGAUUGAGCAGCUCGCGCGGAUCGAUUCCCGUCUGCGACAGGCCUUUCCACAGCGUAGCCUCGAGUUCUUUGGUGGUGUGAGCGUCUUGCUUGUGGGCGAUUUCUUCCAGUUACCACCAGUCCGAAGAGGGCAGGUGGCCUACCGGUUAUUUGACCGCACCGUCUUCCUGACCACGGAACUGCGUGAAGUCAAGUUAUCCAUACCGUCCUGGAACCUCCUUAGCAGUCGGGUACAGGCCAGGCUAACGCGGAGCGAGGUUGACAGCUUCAGGGCCGCUUUGCGGGUGUAUUCUACGAAGGCCCGGGUGGAGGCAAAGAAUCAGGGCAAGGGCGCGGGGCAGGCACCAAGCGACAAUGCUGGCAAUCUAUCUAACAAGUUCCCUGUUGCUAAGGGCGCCAGGGAAAUCGUGGCAGAAUUUCUCUACGACGACUCAAUGAAGCACGCAACCCCCAUGGAACCUGGAGCUAUACGGAAGCUCGUUGAGGAACCGGGACGGCCUCUGAACCAUGACGAAUGGUUGAAAUACGUGGAAUUGCUCGAAAGCUGA